CUGGCCGGACAACCACCAACGAAGAGCUCGAAGACAUGCUGGAGAGCGGCAAACUGGCUAUUUUCACUGAUGAUAUCAAAAUGGACUCACAGAUGACGAAACAGGCUCUGAACGAGAUCGAGACCCGACAUAAUGAGAUCAUCAAACUGGAAACCAGUAUCCGUGAGCUGCAUGACAUGUUUGUGGACAUGGCUAUGUUGGUGGAGAGCCAGGGAGAGAUGAUCGACCGCAUUGAGUACAACGUGGAGCACUCCGUUGACUACGUGGAAAGAGCUGUGUCCGACACCAAGAAAGCUGUAAAAUACCAGAGCAAGGCUCGGAGGAAGAAAAUUAUGAUUAUAAUUUGUUGCGUGGUCCUUGGGGUAGUUCUCGCUUCCACAAUCGGGGGGACUCUGGGGUUGUAAAUCAAAGCAAAAAAAUAUAUAAUAAUAAUAAUAUAAUAAUAAUUUAAAGAAAAAUUGUACAUGCAAUGGAUAUAACAGCACAUGUUCCAGCUACCUAUACAUACACUCCUUGGGGGUCAGCAAAUCUAAGUUUCUUGUUCUCCGCCAUCUUUCCAUCCAUCUCUCCAUCCCCCGGAUACCUGGGUUCUCCCCAGAUCUUCCGACAUCCUUGACCCCUGGUAGGAGGGCGUGGAUUUGUCUCAUAACCAACCAUUGGGUUCACAGUGACCCAAAAGCUCCGGUUCCUCUUCACAUCAGGGGUUAGCCUGGAGGAACGGGAUGGUGACCUGUCCUUUGUUAAUGCUAUCUUGUUUUGGGUUCUGCUGGGGAUGGUGUGGCCAGUAGUAGGGGGGGGGAAAUACCAGUAUAAUACAUGGAAAACUAGCAUGACAGGAUAUUAUACUGUCAAUACCAGAAUGUUAAGGAAUGCCAGAGUGGUUACCAGUCAGUUGUUAUGAAAAAUACCAGUUUAUUCUAGGAAAUACUACAGGAGCUGAAUAUUACAGUGUCAAUACCAGCCCACUGAGGAAAACAGGAGUAGUUACCCAUCAAUCAUUAUGGAAAAAAUACCAGAGAAUUAUAUGAAACACUAGAGCAGCAAAAUAUUACAAUAUCAGUACUAAAAUAUUAAAGAAUAUCAGAAUGAUUACCAGUCAGUCAUUGUCAGGGGGAAACAGACUGCUACAUAAAAUACUAGAGUAACAGAAAACGGUGUUGAUACUAGAGCAUUGAGGAAUUCAAGAGCAUCAAAUUAUACCAGAAUAUGAAUGAAGCACCAUCCCAAAAUACUAAUAGUAGCAUACUAGUCCUGCAGUAUCCAGGAAAACUAGAGUACUAGUAUUAGCAUAUAGAGGAAUGCUACAGCAGACUCCAAUGCUACAGUAUCAGUGCUACAGUAUCAAAAAUGCUAGAGUACAAAUACUGUCGUUCCAAAGAAUGCUGUCAUAUCGCAGAAUACUUCAGUAGCAAUGUUACUGUAUCCAGGUGUACUAGAGCAAUGCUACUACAGUGCCCAAGAACCCAAACUGCAGGAUCCUGGAAUAGUGGAGUAUUUAUGCUACACUAGCAAGAAUGCUGAGCACUGAACAGAUUUAACAAUUUUAUUAAGAUGAU